UUACAAUAUUUUAUUAACCCACUUCACUUCUCAUAAAGUCUUCCUCACUACUCACUCCAAUUCCUCUCCGUCGCUUUAAACCAACUGCUCUUUUCUCUUUCUUAGGUUUUCAACGUUGCAACUAUCCAUGGCCAAUCGCUGGCUCAGGCCCGAGGUAUAUCCGCUGUUCGCUGCAGUUGGUGUUGCUAUUGGGAUCUGUGGGUUUCAACUGGUUCGUAAUAUCUGCAUCAAUCCUGAAGUCAGGGUGAACAAGGAGGGAAGGGCUGCGGGAGUGUUGGAGAACUUUGAUGAGGGAGAGAAAUAUGCUGAGCACUUCUUGAGGAAGUAUGUACGAAACAGAACACCAGAGAUUAUGCCCUCCAUCAACAGCUUCUUCACUGACCCAAGUCGCAGUUAAGUUGCUUUGGAUGAACAAGGUUAAUUUGAGAAAUAAGCUCUAUUAUGUUUGAGACAGUUUUAUUGUGCAUUUAGAAAACAAAAUGUGGUUGAUCUCUCAGGAGAACAGUGUAUUUGCUGUGGUUGAGAAUAACAAUACUAUGCUUGACGCAUUAAUGUUUACUGCUGUUUUUCUCUCCAUCUAGGUUGCUACAGAAAUAUAUGUGGAAACUGGUAUUGAAAAUAUACAGCAAUUACUAAUCUCGUCUCAAGUUUGUUACAAUUUAAAUCCUAUAAGUGCAUAGAUCAGUCAAUAUAGCGUUCUAACCUUUGUUGAGGUCAUGAAUUCUUUUUUUUUUUGUUUGGGAGAAUGCAGUUACAUUAAAAGCUUGGGAGAAGGAUUUUGUUAUUCAAAAAGUUUGAUAGCUUAGAUGUCUAGUAUAGUAGUCAGAUACAGGUAGUCCUAGAUUAAAAAAAAACCUGUCAUUUGCGUACAGGGGAAUACAAUUGUUUUAUCACUAUGACAACCAAGUCUUAUUUCAUUAGAUGAAGCUGACUAAGUUCUUUUAGGUCUUCUUGACUUCUCUUUACUAGACUAAGAGUCAUGCCAUCCACGUUUCUUACUUGUACGACUAAGUCUUCUUUGCUACUGUUUUAUUAAUGUUAGUGUGAAAUUGUCCUGCCUAGUAUCUUAUCUUGUCUAAAAUAUAAACAAAUUACAAAGUAGUGUAUAUGAAAAGGUUUGUAUUACUGAUAAUCAAGGUAAAAUCUCACUGUUGAGGGCACUUGCUCCUUGAAAUGAAGAGAGCUUCUUCAUUCUUGUCGUGUUUUGAAAUCCGAGCACUGCGUAUAGACCUCUCAUCUUCUGCAAUGCAUAUCUGUCUUGAAAGUUAUAUAAGGAGAGGUGAAAUGCUAAAUGCCAAUGUACGUCACGUGGCUUUGAAUUCUCUUAUUGUGCACAUUUUGCAUGAACUCCACCAGCUUGUGCCAUCACAAGCCACAACAGUAAUUAGUAUUUUUUUUUUUCUUCUAAAUGACAGAAAUGAAUGGGGGAAACAUUUUGAAGUUGGAAAAAUGUAGAAGAUAUUCCACACGUUCUAAACUUGUCUUGUAAUAAAGUGAUGCCUCCUCCUCAGUGAAGGAUGUAGCUUUGCUAGAUGUAUUCUAUUGCAUGUCAUUACAGUGUUGUUCCCUUAGGUUACACCGGGACACCUGAUUAACCCGGCAAGCAUGCGAAGCUAUUCUGUUUCAACUUUGAGCCAAUGCAGUCCCUUGGUUGCAAGAACACAAAAUAAUGACGUGAAUAAUCCCAUCAUCUUAUAGUAAUAAGUGGGCUGGUUAGUGCUGGUGCAAACUAGUUACACCGAAGACCAAGUUUUUUAUAUCAUUAACAUCAAUCUCUCUAAUCAAAAUAAUGACGUGAAUAAUCGUUUCAAUGUAAAAGCGUUUAUUAAGAGUAGGAUAUACAAUUAAAAGAAUGUAUUUUCAUUUCAUUAUUUAAUUUAAUAACUCGAUAAUUUGUUUAUUUUCUAGAAGCAGAUUUCAAAAUAAAAUGUGUUCGUUAAAAUGAAGCUAAAUUAAUUUUUUAACUUAAUUUUAGAAAAUACUUUUAGCUCAUUUUUUAAAAAAGAUAUUUUACUUUUUAAUUAUAAAAAAAUUAUUUAACUCAUAUCUUUUGAAAGACUCGUACCACCUGUUGUCAUCAUUGUUAAUCAAUCGUUACCAUUGUCACACUGGAAUUUUCUGUUUUGGUUGAUUAAUUUUAAAUAAUAGAUAAUUUAACCAAUUCAGUUUACAAAGAUGUCGAGUAGAAAAUUAGAAUUUAGGAGUUUUAGGUAGAAGAAAAUUGAUAGUGAACUAAAUUUAUAUCAUGUUAAAAAUAAUUG